CGCGAUAUCCCCACAUCCCACGUUCAUUCGGACCUCCCCCACCGCGCGACAAAGAUGUCUGCGCCAUACGACCCCAACUUUGUCGGGCACGUAGACGCCGACGCGAAGGCUGCAUUCCAGCAGCGUAUCGUGGAAAAGCUGAGCGAAGUAUUGGAACAGGAAGUUGAGGGUGUCAUGGCGGAAUACAUUGUCGUUAUGAUCGGGAACCAAAAAACGAUGAAGGAAAUCCAUGACGAGAUGGUUGACUUUAUGGGUGCAGAAUCCGCCGAAGCCGCCGUCGCGUGCAUCUAUACCUUGCUCCUUGAGCCGCCCAAUGCUGCUGCUGAAGCAUCUCCCUCGCCUUCUCCCCCUUCCUCGUCUCCUGAACCUGUGUCCGAGGAACCGGCAAAUGCUGCGCCUCCCAAGAAGAUCGUCAAUCUCUCCGGCGUCAAGUCAUCGUCUACCACCGUCGAAGUGUCUGGGAAAACCAGCAGUACGAUUCGUGUCAUCGGAAACAGCUCGAAAGAUCUCAAGGACGCGCUAAAAUCUCGGUCGGAGCGCUUCGGGAUUCCAGAGAAGAAGCUUGACAAGCCGGCAGCACAAUCCUCUCGACAGACGACCACGAAGCUGUCCAUCACGGAGCGACUGGGUGGCCGCGUGACGGACAAAAAGGACCUUGCUGCUUCGAGGGGUGACAAUCGAUCCCGGCAAGAAUCUCGCGACACCAACAACAAACGAAAAAGUGGCGGCGAUUUUGAUGACAGCUCGUCUCGAUCAAACAAAGACGUUGAAGAGAGUGAUCAACGGCCGUCGAAGCGUCCCGCUCGUGACCCCAAAGGCAGUGACUUGCGAUAUCCUCCUGGUCCCGGUGGCCAUGGGCCGCGAGGUGGGCCAUAUCCAUUUCCGCCCAUGUUCCAGGGCUAUCCUCCGUACCACAUGCCUCCACCAGAGUUUAUGUACCCGCCGUAUCCGCCGCCGCACCACAUGCCCGGGUUUGGCUAUCCAGGCAUGCCGCGAGGCCCGUACCAGCCCCGCAUGCCCCAUGGAGCGGGUGCCCCUCGUCGCUUCAACAACAAAUGGGUCAACCCGACGACUGCGUCGGCCGAAGGCGACGCCAAGGCGAAUGGAGAUCCAGCCGACCCGACCAACGAACCACACAACCAAACGACGCCGUACCCGGGUGGAGGUCCCGCAUCGUCGCUGGCCCCGCGAGCGUACGGGUUUGGAUACCCGCGUCCCCGCUUCCAAAACAAAACGUGGGUGCGCCCCGACCCAAAGGAAACCACCCCCCAGGCCGAUGAAACCCUCUCGGCCAGCCUGCCCAAGACGCCAUAGUCGACCGUUCGAAUGUGUUGGCCCGUCGCUCUAUGAAUCCUCCUCUAUAACCCACAAUCCGAACUCAUCUCUUUCUCGAACUCACUAACUUAUUUAACAUGCAACCAUUGCGCAAA